CGAAUCACUGAGUGAAAUAUCUUUGCUGAAGGUUUCCGCUGAAUGGUAGAGAUCCAGCAUGUAGCAGAGCUGAACAAGUCCCUUCACGCCUGGGAACAAUCCAACAACAUUAUGGGGAAUUCGUACGCCGGGCAGCUGAAGUCCGCUCGAUUUGAAGAGGCUCUCCACAACUCUAUCGAGGCGUCGCUGCGUUCCAGCAGUGGAGACCCACAGCCCAUCUUCACAAAGCUCUACCUGGACCCGGAGCAGUAUCCUGGUAACAUGGAAGACAUGAAGUCAAAAGCAGACCUCCAUGUUGUGGAGCCAGGCCACGAGCUUGUGAACAGAAACUCUUCCAACGAUCCGGAGGAGAUGGAGGACGAUGAUGACUCAGACAGCAGCAGCCCCCCCCUCCCCUACCUUCAGGCCGCUGCGCCCGACGGCUGCUGCACACUGGACGGUUUCUGCCAGGCCGGCAAGGACCUCCGCCUGGUCUCCAUAGCAACUGAGCCCAUUGACAUCCCAGGGGGCUUCGAGCUGGUCGGCGCCCGGUCCCCCGGUGUGCCCGAGCACAUCCUGGUGUGUGCCGUGGACCGCCGCUUUUUACCUGAUGAUAAAGGGAAAAAUGCACUUUUAGGUUUUUCAGGAAACUGUGUGGGCUGUGGAGAAAAGGGGUUCAGAUACUUCACUGAGUUUUCAAACCACAUCAACCUGAAGUUAUCCACUCAGCCAAAGAAGCAGAAGCACUUAAAAAACUACCUGGUGAAAAAUGCUCAGGGUGCUCUGUGCAAAGGACCCCUCAUCUGCUGGAAAGACAGUAAAUCCCGUCAGUUCUCGAACAGUGCGUCGACGACCAAACCCAACUCGUCCUCCUCUCUCAGCAGCAAAGAAAAUGGAGGCGCCAGUGGACACAGCUCCUCUCCCUUCUCCCUGUCAGAUUCUCCCCCAACCAGAACAACGCAAGUGUCCUCUAUCUUUUUCGGGAGUCAGGACUUCAGAGACUGCAGUUUCAUCAAACCUCUGUUAUCCACACCUGGAAACAAGACUCUACCAAUAGUUCCCACAGCUCUGAGGGUGAACGUGCCGAUAAAUGGCCUGGGUGUUGAUGCGCGACCUCCCUUACUGAGCCCCUCACAGGUCUCUUUAGGGCCUCAGAUUCAGGGGUAUCGCACUGCUGACCUAGGAGACAGUCCUUUAUCCACUGCCAUGCACUCUGGUCCUCCAAAGAAGCGCCACCGGAGCUGGCAUCCCAACUCGUUGGUACCCGUCCCACCGACAGCCGUCCCUGUGACCCCCAUUCGACCCAUAGUUUGUUCUCCAGGCUCUGUGUUAGGGGUGUCCUCUCCUCUGCCACCAGUAGCAGGAGUCAUUCAGCCCCAACCUGUCACCGUGGGAGAGACGGUCAUCGUCCCCGACAACCUGCUCAACUCUUCAGGAAUUCGCCCUGUCAUCCUCAUCGGGCACGGCACUUUACCUUAUUUCUAUGGAAAUGUUGGGGACAUAGUGGUCAGCCCCCUCCUGGUCAGCUGCUAUAAGAGCAGCCAGCUGACAGCGAAGACCCUGGAGAUGUUGGGCCUCAACAGCAGCCAGCUUCUCUGUGUGGAGACAAUGAUUCUGCUCACUUUACAGUAUCUUGCACGUUUAGGCUCGGUGCAGAUUCCUCUCAGGGAGGAGUUGGAGCAGAUAGUUAUGAAGGCCAUGCUGUGCUGUCCCAGGGGUCCGGCCAUAUCCCCGUCCCAGCUGCCCUGGUUGGCUCGGCUGGAAUCUAGCGUCUCAGGAGGCAGCGUCCAAGUCGUAGUUACCCAUAAUUCCUUGGGAGAGGGCAUUUCGGAGUCCCUUCGUUCUCUCACUGAGGGUAUUCACCAGCAGAAGUGCCUGCCCAACUAUGUAGUCAUUAUAUGUGCCUCUAAAAUCAGCGGCAACGAGUUCUGUGUGCUCGUUUUGGGAAAGUACCAAGCACGGGCCUUAGCUGAAGGCAUGCUGACAACAAAUGAAUUUCUGAAGGAGAUCAGCUACGAACUCAUCACAGGGAAAGUCAGCAUCUUGGCGUCUCACUUCAAAACCACGUCACUAGGAGACAAUCUGGACAAGCAGCUGGUGCGAUACCAGCGCCGACGGAAGGGACAGGUCAUCCAGCCCUUCCAGGGCGAUGUCAAUGAUCACAUCCACUCGCAGGAGGCUGCCAGCAUGUCACCGCCCUCAGACAGAGCAGAGAUCUUAUGUAAGCUCUUCCAGAUCUAUCCCAAGCAGCUGAGCGUGGCGCGGAGCCUCCUCUCUCAGGUCUGCUCCAUCGCCGACUCAGGAACCCAGAACCUGGACUUGGGACGUUUUUGUAAAGUGGACUUCCUUGUUCUGGUUCCUCCAUCUCACAUCCUGGUACACCAGACGGCACAGCGCAUCCGACAAUCAGGAGUGCUUGUUGACUUGGGAGUUGAAGACGUCUGCUCAGCCUUCCAGAAAUCAGACAAAUACGUGGUGCGUCUGGACGCUGAUGUUCACGUUAAGAUGGAAGCCUUCAUGAAGAAAGUCAAGCAGAACCCCUACACCCUGUUCGUCCUCAUUCACGACAACUCACACGUCGACCUCACGAGUGCUCUGUCCGGCUCUGUGUGCCACGGCGAGCUGCAGGGAUUGGCUGACCGGGUGGUGAACUGCCAGGAAGUUUUGGAUGCCAUGAACCUCCUGGUGCUGCAGGUCAGCUGCUUCCCACACACACUGCAGACCCACCAGUCCCGCAUCAGCAUCCACAACGAAGUUCACUGGCCCACCAACGAAAGUCUGCAGGGGGAGCAGUCUCCCUAUGAGUUGCUGUACUUCGGCCUGAGGGACUACAGCAGCUCCCUGCAGUGGGGCGUGGCCAGCCCCAUCCUGCGCUGUGAUGAUGCUUUUGAGAAGAUGGUCCACACACUGCUGGAGAGACAUCCGCACCUGCACAGCAUGGUGAUCCGCAGCUACCUGCUGAUUCAGCAGUACACUGAGGCCAUGAUGGCUCUGACCUCUUCACCCUCGCUGAGAGACCACAUAACCCCAGAGACCCUGGCCAUGGUGGAGGACCUGAUCAACGCCCCGAGCAGAGAGGGCUCCCCGGGCCGGGGCCACAUGCUGCUGGUUCGAGUCCCCUCCCUGCAGCUGGCCAUGCUGGCCCGGGAACGACUGGAGGAUGUGAGGGACAAACUGGGGCUGCAGCUGUGCUUCGCCGUGCUGCUGGGAAGCCCCGCCUCUGAGCUCAACCUCCACAAAAUGUUCACCAACCGCCUCAGGAAAUUUGGGAUUAUUGUGAAUCCUCAUUUACGUAAACCAACAGAAAUCUCCACUGAAACUCAGCCAGUGGAUGUUGUUGGACUUUAUUCGUUGUAA